CUAUAGAAUAUUAUAUAAAAAUUUAAAUUUCCAAGAUUUAAUUGAAUAAAUUUUAAAUAACCGAGUCGAGCUAACGUACAAACAAAUUUUAACUCCAUUUAGCUGAAUUUCAAAACCCAAUUGAAUAGUUUGAAGAUAUUGCAUUCCAAAACAACCGAGCGUCCUUGAGAAAAAAAUAGGGAAGAAGAGGAGGAAAAAAAUUCGAUUUGAUGGACCCAAGAUUCUUGUUCUUGGUUUCGCUGUGUUUGCUUGUUCAAUUUUCUCAUGGAAAAGAAUCGAUUUUGAAACUGCCGACUGAUGCUGCUUCGCGUUCGUUAGAUCCAACACGCGUCACCCAAAUAUCUUGGACUCCCAGGGCUUUUCUGUAUAAAGGGUUCUUGUCUGAUACUGAGUGUGAUCAUCUCAUAUAUUUGGGAUUGGCUGGUUUUCUUGUGUUUUCCCUUUUGGCUAAUGCCAAAGAUAAAUUGGAGAAGUCUAUGGUGGCCGAUAAUGAAUCUGGAAAGAGUAUAGAGAGUGAAGUCAGGACGAGUUCAGGCAUGUUUCUUGCGAAGGGUCAGGAUGACAUAGUUGCUACUAUUGAGGCAAGAAUUGCUGCAUGGACUUUCCUCCCAGUUGAAAAUGGGGAAGCUAUGCAAAUUCUGCACUAUGAGAAUGGCCAAAAGUACGAGCCGCAUUUCGAUUAUUUUCACGACAAGGCUAAUCAAGAAUUGGGGGGUCAUCGAGUGGCUACUGUGCUUAUGUAUUUAUCAAAUGUUAAGAAAGGUGGAGAAACAGUUUUUCCGGAUUCAGAGGAGAAACAGAUAAAGGGCGAUGACUGGUCAGAUUGUGCUAAACAAGGCUAUGCAGGAGAUGCACUCUUGUUCUUCAGCCUUCACCCAGAUGCAAAAACCGACCCCUCCAGCUUGCACGGAAGCUGCCCAGUCAUCGAAGGUGAGAAGUGGUCAGCCACUAAGUGGAUUCACGUUCGAUCUUUCAAUGCUCGUUUUGAUGAUGACUCAUCAGACUCUAAUGGUGAUUGUCUCGAUAAGGACCCUAAUUGCCCAGAUUGGGCAGAAAGUGGAGAAUGUGAUAAGAACCCGCUGUAUAUGGUCGGCUCUAAUGGAGCUGCGGGCUAUUGUAGGAAGAGCUGCAAAGCGUGCUCGUCUUAG